AUGAAACGUAGUAAAGCCCCAUCCCAACUCAAAGCCAAACGAAAGAGAAGUCAUUCAAGAGGCUCACAAAGUACUUUAGACUUCUAUUUACACGUCUCACCAAGUCCAAGCCAACAAGUCUCUCCUAUAUCAUUCAAAAAGCACCAAGAAGGGUUUCUUAUUGAACAGUGGAUCGACGAGGAAUUGGCAAAAAAACGAAUUGAGAAAAACAUUUGUUGUCUUGUGCAAGAAGAUGCAUUUGAAAAUGUUAUCAAGGACAUUUGUGAAGAAAAAAAUAUCGAAUUGUAUGUGUAUGAUUCCACACACGAAUUUGCCGAUAAAAAGUCGAUUGAAUUAUCACUUUCUGAGACUUCCGUCCAAGAAGUUUCACAAGACACGUUUGGUAAAACAAUAGUUAAUUAUAUUAAAGUAAAUACACAGGACGAUGUGGCUCAAAUUGUUCCCCACAUCACCCAACGGAUCUUUUUCGUUUUGGACUUCUCAUUUUUUAUUGUUUGUGAUUUAUCCCUAAUCCUCCCAAGAGUUGGGCUUUUUUUGCCCAACAAAACAGACGAUUUGUAUCUCAGUCAGCUUGUUGCUUCAUCGAAAAAAAGUCAAGUCAACUUCGAUAAAAAAAAGAUGGAAGACUUUCUCCAGAUUUUUGCGUUUUGUCAAAACAAGCAACUUUUGGCUUGUCAUUUCUUAUGGCUUCUCAAAAAUGGAGUGUGUUCACUUGGACUGAAAGCUGAAAAUGUCCGACCGAAUUUAUUAAUCAAAUUACUCAAAAAUGACGAGAUCACGAUCAGUGAAAUAGUUAAUUUGUGUGUGAGAGACGAGGCGUUACAAACUCAAGUCAUGAUGAAUGUACUAGUAAAUAAACCAUUACUAAUAGUACAGCGGAUUUAUGAAUCGUUUGUGUUGGCCGACCUUUUAAUAGCAAUGAGGAAGACCUUUAACACGGGAAUUACAAAUGAGACGAUCGCAAUCUAUAACGUUGUCGUUCCACUCAUCGUAUCAGACAAAACGGAAACCACAGAAGUCAGUGAACCACCAAUUUGUUCGUAUCACAACGAACAAAUGACCAAACUCAGUCUUAUUGGGGGACAACAUACAUAUUCUCGAAAACAAUUUUUACAGUACAUCUUCCCGUCGGUGAUGGAAGUGUUAUUGGAGGCUCGGAGUCUAGACAACACUAUCCUCAAAUUUUUGAAAAAAUUCAAUUUGGACCAAAAGACGUGGAAAUUUUUAAUUCAAAACACAAUCUAUGCAAAGAAACUGGCUUCAGCUACAAAACUCAGGCAAAAGGAUAUUUGGGAAUGCAUCACAAAAGUGUAA